AGCUCUUCAUAGCAUGCAUACAUAGACCAGAUUAAUAACUAGCAAUGCUUUCCAUUUCUUGUAACUAUUGUAUUAGUCUGGUAACUAUUGUAUUAGUUUUUUCAAUUUCUCAAUUUCAACUUUCAACUAUGAUGUCAUAAUGAUCAAUACAAAUUGAAUCAGUUUGUCCCGAGAGGAUUUGAAAUAAAGUGAUUUCUGGCAAAUAUAUCUGUGUGUUAUUUCAAUUUGGAUAUACUACAUAUUACACAAUGUCAAGAGAUUUAAGUAGUACACAUAAAGGAUUGGCUUACAAGAAAAGGCAAAGUCCUGCUGGUAAGAAGUCAAGAUUUACAAAAGGACAUGCACACAUCAAACCAUUUACCAAAUCUAAACCUUUUUCAGGGGAUCAUUCCCAUUCCAUACCGGACACAAUCGAGAGAUUUGAUGAAGAUACAUUCCGGAAUGUCGCUACAACCAGCCGUGAUAAUCAACGCUAUGAGAAUCUCGAUGUGAAUAUGAACUUUGGAAAUGCCCGCCUGCUAAGACCGUGCAAAAGCCGGAAAGCAGAUCUCACUAACACCAUGGCCGAAGCACCUCCUGGUGCGACACCGAAUGACUGUAUUAUCGUGAGUACGGCGCAAACACUUAUCAUGAUAAACGAUUUAAACAAUGAACACAGAAAACAUAGUAUCGCGUGUGAAGGGAACUAUAAUAUAUCACGAAUCGCUUCAUUUGGUUUGGGCACAAAAUUAAAGUUUGCUUGUUCAUCCUGCCAUUUUCAAUCAAAGUUGUACAAAACAUAUGAUGAAGUAGACAAUAGCUAUUACAAAGGUAACAUCAAGGGCCCUAGACCAGCAAAGACAAAUGUUGCAUUACAGGUAGCACUUAAGCAAUCUUCCAUUGAUUCCAAGCAAGUUAGAAGAAUUUUUGCUGCCCUAAAUAUCAAACCCCCAAGUAAAACUCAUAUGUUUCAAACAAGCAAAAAGGUAGAUGAAAGAAUAACAGAACUCUGUCAACAAGAUAUGAGCAAGCUAAGACAAAAUCUCAAGGAAAUAAAUAAAAUGAGAGGUGUAGCUGAACAAGAUCAAAAUAAAAUAGCCGCUGCAUUUGAUGCUCAAUAUGGUUCCGUAAAAUUUGGCUCUAGAAACAAACUUGGUCCAGAUGCCAACAGGGCUAUAGGGUUAACUGUUGAAACCAUGACAGAAAAUCUUGUAAUCAUUGAUGCCGUUCUUCAAAAUAAACUUUGUUGGAGGGGUUCGUAUAUGCGUGCAAGGGGAUUCGAUGUUAAGUGCCCAGGGGGGCAUGAGGGCUGCACAGCAACCAUCGAGAAAGCAGCGUCAUUCAAAGAACGUCAAAUGGGUCGAUCUACAGCAAAGACAUGCCAGGAAGACGGGAUUGUUAUUCAGUACCUCACAACAGAUGGAGAUGGGAAGGGAAUCAUGGGAGUCAAUGAUCACUAUGCAGAGACAGGAAUGGAACACAGAGCAGAGCGCCUCAGCGACCGCAUUCACUUGAGUAAUCUCCAAUUCAAGCACUCCCUAAAGACCUCAUUUUCAAGUCAGAUGUUUCCGGGAAAAAACAAGUCAACUAAAGAACACUAUCAGCGCCUAUUUUGUAUUGACCUAACCCAAAGAUGCACCGCUAUCCUUCGCAAACUUUCCCUCACUGAUAGGGACCUCUCUAAAGUCUCCACUUUCAAAAUCAUCAAAAUCACUGAUUCUCUGAUACAAUGUUACCAAGGAAACCAUACACUCUGUAAGCAAGACCUCAAUGAAUGUAAGGGGAGGAGGAGCAACAACUGGUGGACGAACUCUUACAAUCUAAAGGCUUGCAACCUCAAAGCUACUGACAUAAAUAUGGACAAGAAAAAUGAUGAAAUGUAUCUCCGCCUUCUGAUAGAAAUGAGAUUAGGUCCAGAAGCCCUUGCUAGCGGCAAAUUUUACACCCAUACAAAUAAAAAUGAGAGCGCGAACCAUGUUCUAUCAACUGUUUUACCCAAGAAUAGAGUCUUUCCUUCGACGGUUUCGGGUAGAAUGUCCAGUGCAAUCAUGCAACUUAACAGGGGGGCAACAAAUGGAACUCACCUGAUGCUUCAAUGUGUUGGUGCUCCAGUAUCAGCUGGCUCCCGCGCAGCAAAGGAACUGAAAAAAAUUCAAAAAGACAUUGACUAUGGAAAGCAAUACAAAAAAACAACAUCCGCAAAGAAAGCGCGUAGAUACCAUCGGUCGGUACAGUUAAAUCAAUACUGCAAAAUGAAGUCAUCAGAGAAGAAACAAGAAUAUAAGAAGAAUCAAUUAGAUGAAGUAAGGUUAACAAGGCAGGGGUGUGCAAACAGGCCAGAGUUAAAAGAUCAUGCAUAUGCUGCAGCAAAGGGAAAGAAGGUAUGUUAUUACUACAUGUAUUCUACAGAACUACAUUUUGAGAAGAGUAGUUAUUGUUAUUGUGCCUACCUUCUCAGAACAUAUAGAGAUGUAUCAUGCACAAAGGCGCGUGACCCCCCAAACACACCCCAUAAUUAACACAUGCAGUCCUACCAUUAUUGACCCCCCUCCCCUCUAAAACUAAGUGAUCUGGAUUAAUACAAGAACUAUUGUGACACAAGUGAGAAACAUCUAAAGUACUAUCUAAAUCUAAUUUAUCCCGAGAAAUCAUAUACAUAACCCUGUGAACCCUCAUUGAAACUGACCUCCCAUCCAAUUUUUUUACUUUAAUCCUCCCAUACCCUGAUGAAUCUAGACACCCCUCCCACAAUAAACACUGCCCAUUGACCCCUAAAAAACAUCUCUCUUGAAUUCUUGCUUUGUACAGUGUCUUCCACUGGUCCGGAUUCAUGAUGUGCUGCUUAAAAUUAAGGAAAAUUUUGAAAUAAUUAUGAAAUAAAAAUGAAUUAAAAAUCUUACCAUCUUUUUUAGUGGG